UUAACCCCAUGUCUUUCCUCUUUUAAUUUCUUGCGAGGGAUGAAAUCGGGAAUUCAGUUUGUGUCAUCGGGAAUCUGGAUGUGCCUUUUUUUUAAUGCAUUGAGCAUGUUCGAUGAAAUGUCUCAAACACUAAGAAUUAUCAGUUCUCGAUGUACUCUGUUCCUAUGAUACUUGCUUUGUUCUGUGCAUUAGCUAAAAGUUAAAUGCGUAAGUUUGUUUACGAUUCAGAAAUCCCAUUUUCUCUGAUUCCUUCUUCAUUUUGAAGGUUGGAAUAAGUUUGUGGAUGCAAAUGGCUUACAGUCAAUGUUGCUUUUAAGCUGGAGAAAGUUCCCACCCCAAUCCAUCUAUUAAUGGAUUUGUUUAUUAAUUGAAUAACCUCACCUUGUGUCAGUGCUUACAGUCAACUGCAAUAUCUUUUACCUGGAUAGGGGAACCACAGUAGGGAUUUGAUGAACGGUGUUUCUAGUAGCUUACGGGCAGCUUUCUCCUACUGUGUACAGCAAGUCCGUAGCUAUGAUUACCAUCAUUACCUCUGCCUUCUUGAGCUUCCCCCUAGCAUGAGAAAGGCUGCAUUUGCACUCCGCGCCUUCAAUGUUGAAACCGCCAGAGCUAUGGAUGUUGCUUCUGAUCCCAAGAUUGGUCUUAUGCGCCUUGUUUGGUGGCAAGAAGCCAUUGAUAAAAUUUAUGCUAACAAAUUGAUUGAGCACCCAACAGCACAGGCCCUCUCCUCAGUGAUAACUGAAAGUAAAAUUAGCAAGGCUUGGUUAAAACGGUUAGUUGAAGCUCGGAUCAAUGAUGCAAGUAGAGAGGUUACUGACCUACCAGAGAGUAUUGAGGACUUAGAGAAAUACGCAGAGAAUACUGCAUCAACUCUUCUAUACAUGACUCUUCAAGCUGGUGGUAUCAGGUCUACUGCAGUUGACCAUGCAGCAUCGCAUGUUGGUAAGGCAAGUGGCCUUCUUUUGCUACUUAAGUCACUGCCAUACCAUGCUAGCCGCAACCGUCACUUUUCUUACAUACCAGCUAAAGUGGCUGCCAAGCAUGGGCUGCUAGUUAAGGAGGGAGGUCGAUCAGAGAUCCACUUGGAUUCCCGUGAGGGCUUAUGUGAAGCAGUUUUUGAAAUUGCAUCAGCAGCCAAUGCACAUUUGCUGAAAGCUCGUGAAUUAGCAGAUGCUGUCCCCUCUGAGGCUCGUAAAGCACUUCUACCAGCUGUGCCCGCCCAAGUUCUGUUGGAUUCCCUCAGUCGUGUACAGUUUGAUGUGUUUGAUUCAAGGUUAGCAAGAGGGAUUCUGGGUAGACCUCCACUGUUAUUCCAAUUGAAAUUGAAGUGGUAUUCAUGGCGGGGCAAAUAUUGAAAGUUGUCUUUACCGUAUCUGUUGCGUGGAUAACUCAUCAGCAGGUGGCAAAGGGAACCAGAAGCAAGAGCUUUGUUGUAUUUGUUCUUUCACGAUAAGGGGAUUGGGUGUCCCCAUGAAACAUGUUAAAAGGUAACUUUGUGCUCCUUUCUGACUUAUUAUGGCAUGAUUCUAAAACUCUCUUACGUGAUAUCAUUAGGAAGUUUGAGAAUAAUAGAUGGCUUAGCGUGUGCAAUUUACAGGUUGGAGGAUUAACUUGUCUUCCAAGUGAGUGAACAGAGGCAGUUGUGGUUUGUCUGCCACUAGCAAAACUUUUGCUUCCAAGGAUUUCAUUUCGAGAUGUUUCGGUGCGAGAAAGCUUGUAUUUGUUUCUUCUACACAAUAUCUCCUUAUGUCCCAUAACAACAGUGAAUAAUUAGUGGAUUAUACUUAGCUGAUAAUUGAUAAUGACUUUGACAAUGGUUAGGCUAAUCUUCAUCGGAAGAAUUGUUCAAGCAAUGGGAUGAAAUCUUCCAAUC